UUAUUCGGCCAGCGGGACUCCCAGAGAACGGAGCCAUGUUCUCUCUUCUGGUCCUUUUCAUGGGACUCGGUGGUCUGCAGGCAGGCCUCAAUCCUCAUAAAACAUUUCUGCAGAACACGGUUCCUGAAAAGAUUUCAUCCUCUGACACAAAAAGAGAUCCAGAUAAUAAUGUUGCUUAUAUGAUUACAAUAAAAGGAAAACCAUAUUUUGUUUAUCUCAAAAAGCAGUCAUUUUUAUAUACGACUUCUGUUGUUUAUUCUUAUGACAAAUAUAACAUCCAAAAAACUAACAAUCUGUAUGACCAGAUGGAUUGCAAUUAUUAUGGAUAUAUUGCAGGCUUUCCAAAUUCUCUUGUAUCCCUCAACACUUGCUCAGGACUCAGGGGACUCCUGCAGUUGAAAAACAUCUCUUAUGGAAUCGAACCGAUAGAGUUCGCAUCAGAAUUCAUGCACCUCAUUUUUGAAGACAAAGAUUAUUACACUAACAUUUCUCUCAUAGGAAUCAGUAACAUUUAUAAUUCCGAUUAUCAAUAUAGAAAAAGUUUUGAAAGAGUUGAAUUUUUCAAGUUAAUUCCUCAAUACCUUGAACUAUAUAUUGUUGUGGAUAAAAACAUGUUUGAUUACAUGGGCUCUGAUAUAAAGACUGUAACAGAGAAGGUUAUUCAGAUAUUUGGACUUGUUAACACUAUGUUUACUCAGUUGAAACUGACUGUUGUAAUAUCUUCCAUAGAAAUCUGGUCAAAUAAAAACAAAAUUUCUACUUUUGGAAAUCCUUAUGCAAUAUUAUACAGAUUUUCACAAUGGAAAUCUAAACAUAUCUUCCAUCCUGCAUACUUACUUGCUUUCAAGAAACAAAUUAGUUUUAAAGGAGCUGUACUUCCCGGAAAAAUAUGUUUUAAGGAUGAGGACGCAGGAAUUGCUCUGCAAGUAGAGGGCUCAUCUUUGGAGUCAUAUGCUGUCAGUAUCGUGCAGUUGCUUAGCCUUCAUAUGGGAUUGAGUUUUGACAAUACUGAUACCUGCUAUUGUUCAGGAGAUGUUUGCACGAUGUCAUCAGAAGCAAUGCACUCCCGGGGUGUAAAGGAUUUUAGUACCUGUAGCUUGGAUGAGUUUAAAUAUUUGACUUCAAGUUCUAGUCUUGAAUGUCUUCAUAGCAGCCUUCCUAUUAAACCAGUUUACAAAAGCGUACCGGAUACUUGUGGCAAUGGACUAUUGGAAAAAGGUGAACAAUGUGAUUGUGGCAUUGGAAUGGCAUGUACACAUAGAAAAUGCUGUGAUUCUACAGCAUGUCGAUUGAAAGAUAGCAGCUUUGAGUGUGGUUCCGGGGAAUGCUGCACACAAAAUUGCAAGUUAAAACCACGUGGUAAAGUUUGUAGGAAACAAUAUGAUGACGAAUGUGAUUUUGUUGACUAUUGCAAUGGAAUUGACUCACAUUGUGUACCUGACACUUAUAAACGAGAUGGGCAAUAUUGUAAUUCAAAUGAAUCCUUCUGUUACACAGGGGAAUGUCGGAUAUUUGAUAAACAGUGUAGAGACUUAAUUGGAGGAGCUGCUAGAGGUGCUCAAUUUGCUUGUUAUGAUGAAAUAAAUACAAGAGGAGAUAGAUAUGGAAACUGUGGACCUAACUAUUGUUCUUUUCCUAAUCUCAUGUGUGGAAAAUUAGUUUGUGCCUGGCCACAUAAAAAAUUAGUAACAAAAGCAAAUUUAUCUGUGGUUUACACACACGUACGAGAUGAAAUAUGUGUGUCUACAUUUCUUAACUCGGACAGGAUACCUUCCAACGCCCAAACAACAAUAAGUACACCUGGAGAAAGAGAUGAAACAUAUGUACAAGAUGGCACUCCGUGUGGUCCUGAUAUGUUUUGUGUCAUGUUUCAGUGUAAAGAGAUUAGACACAUGAGCAAUUAUGCUCAAUGCGACAAUACUAGAGACUGUAACGACAGAGGAUUUUGCAACAAUUUCCAUCAUUGCCAUUGUGACAAGGGGUUUUCUCCUCCUCGUUGCGCAGCAGAAAAAGGCGCAUUUGGAAGUCAGGAUGAUGGGCAUCUAUCCAAUGCAGAUAAAAGUUCAUUGGUCCAAAGACCUGCUUCUCCAAAACGCAGAAUUCAACUCAUUUUCUACAUUUCUGUACCUAUGUUUAUCAUUAUUGCUGCUGUUUUAAUAAAGCAGGAUAAAAUAAGAGAUCUGUGCUACAGAGGUGAAACUGGAAGUGAGAGGUCUGAGUCAGAAGAAGACAGCAUUAACAGCAAAUUAUCCCCAUCUGUAAGCAACAGACUCUAACAACUUUGGCCUGAAGAGAGGAUAAAUCCAAAUAAAUCAUCAGAAACUGGCCUAAACCAAGAAGAGA